AAUGUACCGUACACCUGGCUUCUCGAGGUGCUUCUGAAUGAAGGUCCGGAGGUACAGAGAGAGUUCGGAAGCUCGGCACUGUCUCAAACUUAAGCCUAGGAAGAAUCUGAGAACGACUCUGGAUAAGGUGAUGGCUCGCAAGCGUUGACGCAGUCUAGCGUGAGGGCCGUAAAGCUUCGGCCGGAAAUGGCUCAUCUCAAAGUGGUGUACCCGCCGGGGGUGAAGGAGAUAUUUGCGGAGCUCCCCGAGGAUGAUUUAGCCAGACGUUUGAAAGAAUGCGCGCAGGCAUUCCAGAACAUGAACCAGGAGGAUGACAACUCCAGAUAUUCUGAUUUGGCUCUGCAUCUCGCUUCGGAGUUCUUCUUGGAUCAUCCAUCGAGAGAUGUCAGAUUGCUCAUCGCAUGCUGUAUCGCCGACGUGUUCCGGGUAUUCGCACCUGAGGCCCCGUAUAAGGAUCCAGACCAACUGAAGGCUAUUUUUGAAUUCUUCAUCCAACAGCUCCAAGGCUUGGCGGACCCGAAGAACCCGACUUUCAAGCGAUAUUUCUACCUCCUCGAAAAUCUGGCAUCAGUGAAGACGUUCAAUAUCUGCUUGGAUCUCGAAUGUGAUCAAUCCAUCAUCUGUAAUCUGUAUACACUCAUCCUAUCCAUUGUCAACGAUUUCCACAGCUCCAAUGUCAGGUCGUUCAUGGUCAAUAUGCUUUGUCCCCUGAUCAACGAAGCCGAUUCCGUAUCUCAGAAGUUGAUGGAUACUUUGCUGGCCUACAUUGUUUCACCAAAGAAAAGCACACAUAAGGUCGCAGCGGAGCUGUCCAGAUCAGUCCUGGAAAACACCAAAGACGUUCUAAGGCCUCAUUUGCAAGCAUUCUUCAAUAAUUAUUUGGUGCUCGGGAAGACGGGAGGGUCCGUCCUUAUUCCGACCAUGUACGAACUCAUAUACGAAUUGAACCACAUUCUACCGGAAACUAUGGCGGGAGUCCUACCACAAUUAGAGAUGAAACUCAAAUGUAAGGAAAACAAUGAGAGGCUGGAGGUCACGAAGCUGGUUGCACGAAUGUUUUCCGAGAAGAACUCAAAUCUCGCCGGUCAGUAUCCCGCAUUGUGGAACGCUCUCGUCGGUCGCUUCAACGACAUCAAGCUCCAGGUCCGAAUGAGGUGCGUCCAAUAUUCUAUGCAUUUUCUGUUGAAUCAACCCUCCCUGAGAGAAGAUAUUACCAACACACUGAAAACACGGCAACAUGAUCCCAACGAGAGUGUCAGAUUCGAAGUUGUGAUGGCGAUCGUCGAAGCGGCGAAGAAAAAUUUCGAAUCGGUCAGCAUUGAACUUCUCAACAUCGUGAAGGAGCGGACAUUGGACAAGAAUUUCAAGGUUCGACGAGAAGCUCUGCUAGGAUUAGCGCACAUAUACAAGAACCUCACGUGUGGACCUAGUGAGACUGAAGAUCCCAAUAUCAUUGAAUGCAUUUCCUGGAUCAAGAACAAAGUUCUUCACAUCUACUACCAGAGUGAACUUGAAGACAGAUUGAUCGUGGAACGGAUACUCCAUAGCUGUUUGGUGCCUUAUCAAUUACCGAAUGAAGUGAGAACCUUCAAAUUGUACCAGUUGUUCGCAACCUGCGACGAGCACGCCGUCAAAGCCCUCAUCGAAAUCCUGAAAUGCCAACAUGCCAUACGACAGCAAAUCAAACAAGUUGUGCAGUUGAUUGGCCAAGAGGACGACGCCGACCGGCAGCAAGAGCUACAAACCCGGAUUGUCCACAUGGCACGGAAUCUGCCCGAGCCAGUCAGAGCUCAGGAGUAUUUAUUCAAACUGGCAGAAUUGCUGAGAACUUCGCCCACAACAUAUCAACACAUGGUUUUGAUUCUGGACGGGAGUGCGUCGUGCGCCAAUGCCGAACAGAGCGUGAAAGAAGUUUUAAAAGCGCUCGGUCUCCCCGUGCAGACAAACUCUUUUUUUGUGACCAUCAAGCAGAUGCUCGAGAGAAUCGCACCCGUCCUCAUCGAUUCAUCCGGCAUCAAACAAAUUUUCGAAUACGCCCAAGAUUCCCUCCGCGGCAACGGAGAAAUCGACGUUCAGUGCAACGUCUCACAAUCUGGCUAUCGCGGUCUCGAACUACUGCACACCUUGUCGGGUGUCUUUCCAAAUGCCUUCAUGACGGAAGAAAUCUUCGAAAUUAUUUAUCAUUUCCUCGGUUUCGAUUGUCCGCGAACCCAGGUCCAAACACUCCUAGUGCUAUCCAACGUAGGCAAGGACCUCGAGGUGAAUUUCCCCAACAUAGCGCAGCGCAUCCAGCCCGUCGUUCAGAACUUCGUCGAGAAUGGGACCCCGAAACAAGCAAAGUACGCCGUCCAAUGUCUUUACAACAUGGUCUUCAAUAAGGACCGAGUCCUCGGCGUGGUUAUCGACCAUCUCAAACAUCAUCUCACCCUCGAAUCGCCAAACUUCGAAACCGCGCUCGUUUCUCUGGGACACAUAGCUCUCCUUUCGCCGGAGACGUUCUAUCAACAAAUGAAAAGCAUCGUCAGUAAAAUUGUCGUUAAGGAGCUUUUGAUGGCCGACAGAGAAGAGCCUCGUAUGAGCGAGCUGCAGUGGUGCGAUCAGGAGGCGCUACCCCAUGAAACGCGCUGCAAGCUGGCUGGCUUGAAAAUGAUGGGUCGAUGGCUCGUGGGUCUGUCGAACCUACAUCAGCAACAGCAGCAGAACGCUCAGCCCGAACAGGAGGUUGAAAUGGAGCAGAGUCUUCAAGCGAUAACCGGCAACGCGGCCAGUACUCUCCGACUCUUGGUGCGGAUGCUCAAGAACCAAGGCGAUCUCAUGGAGAAAGAACACGUCAGCGAUUGUGAAAAAUCGUAUCUGCGAUUGUGGGCUGCCGCAUGUAUCUUGAAAGUUUGUUCUUGCACUGUAUAUGCGGACGUCAUCACCCAGUCCCAGUUCCAGAGACUUGUCACGAUCAUAACCGACCCUGUCGACGAAGUCCGAGAGAAGUUCGCAGCGAAGCUCCAUAAACGGCUGAUGUCUUUACAAUUGCCCCUGCAAUUCAUGGCUCUCCUCUCGUACGGAGGCAUUGAGCCUCGACCUCAGCUCAAAGCUAAGAUGAGACACUACCUCUUGAAUAACAUCACUCGCCGACGGGAAUACCUGAAAGCGAAUCCUAUAACAACCGCGAAGCUGCUCACCAUCUUGCCCGACUACGUGGUCGUAUACUUGAUCCAUUUGAUGGCUCACGAUAGUCUUUACGAAGAUCCCUCCGACGUCACGGCUUUGAACAGGAUCAAAGAGUGCCUAUGGUUCCAGCUAGAGCCACACUGCACGAAGAAUGAAAAUUAUUCGUUUUCGUAUUUCAAAAAACUACUGGAAGGCAUCAAACGUUCGAAAGACCGUCAGGAUCCAACGAACGAAGCUGCGAACCACCGUCUGUAUGCGAUAUGCGACCUCACUCUAGCUUUGAUAAUGGCUAAAACCUCGAAUUUCAACAUGCGAGAAGUUCCCCAGGAAGCUCGCUUGCCUGCCAAAUUAUUCGUGCUGCCGGAUAAGAGCACGCCGCAAAACUCGAAAUUCUAUUUGCCUUGUGAGCUCGGUUUCACACCUCCGAGAAAAAUCCAGGAGAGCAUCAAUCGAGGACCACCGGUGUCGCAGGGCUCAAAAAGAGAAUUGGCCGCCACACAUCACACCGUCCAUACAAUCAGCGGCUCAAAUAGUGGCGAAGUGCAUCAAGAGAUGGCGAAUAUGGUGGAUACUCCGUCGUGCGCGCCGACUGCCGCGGAGCCGAUGCUCGUGGACCUGUCGGGAUCGCUUGUAGCCACUGAAAUCGCGAUCGAAUCUGAGAAACAGAGGUCUGCGAAGAGGGUGGUGAGCGGAGAAGACCGCGAUAACUCGCGGAAGCGAGCCUGCCUCGAACGAGACCAGGCCUCAAACGGGCAACAGAAACGUGUCACCCGGUCCUCAGCCCAGACGAGUUGA